AUAUGCCGAACGUUAAGACGCAAUCAUUUCAGACAGAAUGGCUCUGGUUAAUAGUCAAUAUUCCUCUUGAAGCUACGAAAUCGACGAUUGAUGGUGGCAACAUAAUCUUGCCGUAUAUUCCGCCUCAUCCCCCCAAAGGGACAAAAUAUCACCGAUACACUGUAGCUGUCUUUGAGCAGCCUUCCCAGAUUGGCGUAAAUCAAGUGAAGGCGGAGAGAAUAAUGGAUGUUCGAGAGUUUGUCAAAGAUUACAAUUUGACCAUACGUGGUGCAUCAUUCUUUAGAGAAGUGUGGGAUGAAGAAGUAACUAAAAUUUACCAAGAGAUCCUUGGUGUUCGUGAGCCAGUAUAUGGACCACCUCCUAAAGUUAAUCCAUAUUUGGAUGAGACCGGUAGCAGAAUGCCCAAAUAUGUUAACUUAUAA